CCAACAACCAUGGCUGCAAGUGCCCAUCCGGACACCGUCCUGUGUGACAUCCAUGAGAGACAGCGUGCCGAUGGCCCCGCGGCAAUACUGGCCAUCGGCGUGGCAUACCCGACGAACUGCAUCCACCAAGACGAGUUCACCGACUGGUACUUCCGUGUCACCAAGAGCGACCACCUCACCGAGCUCAAAGCCAAGAUGAAGAAAAUAUGCGACAAAUCCGGCAUCAAGAAGCGCCAUUUCUACCACACCGAGGAGUUGAUCGGCGGCCACCCUGUGAUAACUGACCGCGCAGCUCCGUCGCUUGGCGCGCGGCAGGGCAUCGCCGCGGACGCCGCGCACAGCCUCGCCGCGGAGGCCGCGUCGAGGGCGAUCGUGGCCUGGGGCCGCCCGGCGGCCGCUAUCACGCAUCUCGUGGUCUGCACCAACGCCGGCGUCCACGAGCCGGGCGCAGACCUCCGCCUCGCCGGGCUCCUCGGACUCCUGCCGGCCGUGCGCCGCACGCUGCUCUACCUUCACGGCUGCUCCGCCGGCGUCGCCGCGCUCCGCGUUGCCAAGGACAUCGCCGAGAACAACCGCGGCUCCCGCGUGCUCGUGGCCUGUACGCAAGCCAACAUCCUGCUGUUCGGCCCCCCGGACGUCGCCCACAUCGACCACCUCGUCAUCAUGGCCCUGUUCGGCGACGGCGCCGGCGCGGUCGUCGUCGGCGCGUACCCGACCGGCUGCCCCGUCGAGCGCCCCGUGUUCCACAUGGUGUCGGCCUCGCAGACGACGUUGCCGGGCACAGACCACGCCGUGGCGAUGAAUCUCAGCGAGAGCGGCCUCACCGACAGCCACUUGUCCGUCGAGGUCCCGGAGCUUGUCCGGGGCAGUAUAGAGCGGUGCCUGGUGGACACGCUGGCGCCGCUGGGCCUCCCGGACGCCGGCGACGGCGGCUGGAACGGGCUCUUCUGGGCGGUGCACCCCGGUGGCCGCGCCAUCUUGGACGGCUACGAGGCCGUCCUCGGCCUGGAGCCUGGGAAGCUUGCGGCGAGCCGGCACGUGCUGAGUGAGUACGGCAACAUGAGCGGGGCGACGGUGAUCUUUGUUCUCGACGAGAUACGCCGCCGCCGGCAAGAUGACGCUGACAAGGAAGGGAAGGACUGCGAGUGGGGAGUCAUGUCGGGGCUCGGGCCGGGACUCACAAUGGAGACUGUAGUGUUACAUGCCACCGGCAGCCAGGAUGAGAAGUACUAAUUGUCUCAGCUUCCUGUAGCAAGAAUAAUGCAAGACAGAUGAACAGCUAGAGUUUGAUGGUCGAUCGACAGCUUGGAAAGCGGAAAGAUAUACUAAUAAUGUUACAAUUUGCUUUAAGGAGUGUGUAUGUAAGUUUAUAACAGAUUUUUACUGAAUGUUGAGUACAGCUAGGGUUUUGUACAAUACAACAUUGUUAUUCAGGGUCA